GCGUCCCGGGUUAUUAUUGAAAAAUAUUAUCCACGUCUUACUCUUGAUUUUCAAACCAAUAAAAAAAUUUGUGAUGAAGUCGCUAUAAUUGCGUCUAAGAGGCUUCGUAAUAAGAUUGCUGGCUUCACCACACAUUUAAUGAAACGUAUUCAGCGUGGUCCGGUCCGUGGUAUCUCCUUCAAAUUGCAAGAAGAAGAACGUGAACGUAAAGAUAAUUACGUCCCCGAUGUCUCUGCUUUAGCCACGGAAAAUAUUGAAAUUGAUCCUGACACAAAGGAUCUUCUUAAAUUUUUAAAUUUUGAAAACUUGGCUGGAAUUACAGUCACGGCACCGCCAGCGCUUAACACACUAGGCGAGCGCAAUCCUCGUGUUGCUCGACGUGGUGGAGAGCGUGGAGGCGAACGUGCACCACGUCAGCAAGCAGAGACUUAA